UAUAACCAACCGUGCAUUUAAACAGAGAUGCAUGACAUGUUAACAUUGUGUCGGCCGAUAUUUGUUAAAAAUCAAGGUGUCGGUCCGUUGUGCCAGUCUUGUCUGAUAUUUCUGCUGAUAUUUAAACUUAAUCAGUAUUAAAAGUUGGCAGCAUCAGUGCAAAAGACAUGGCUGCUGCAGUGCUGAAGGUGAUCGCAUUGUGCGAUUUUUAAAAAAUUAUUUAUUUUUAUACGGCACGCCAGGUUUUUAAUUCAUUAGAUCUGGCCUGCAGAUUGAUCUUGCGAUUUUCACAGAACAAAAAUCCGUGUAAAGUCAUUCCGCUAAUCUGCACCGACGGGUUUCAUCACCAGCGUUCCUCACCUCACAAAAAACAUAUCGAUUCCGAUAUCGGUCAUAAUUUCCAUAUCCGUGCACCACUGCCUAUACACAAGCAUUUUAUUGACUUGACGACUUUGCUCAGAAACGGUCACUUCUUGUAACCAGGAAGGAGUCAUGAGGGAGGACCGCUGAGCGACGGAGCCCUGAGGAGCCCUGGUCUUCGCCUCCUCCUCCUCCCCCCGUCCCCCCACCCCUUCCCGAAGAAGCUGUGCUAAUGUACUAUGUACUCCCCCGACCAGGAAAACAUCCCCACGGCCUCCACCAAAGCACCAGUGAAGUAUGGGGAGCUGAUUGUACUGGGGUACAAUGGCUCACUGCCCAACGGGGACCGUGGGAGGCGCAAGAGCCGCUUUGCCCUGUUCAGGAGGCCCAAGGCCAACGGGGUGAAGCCCAGUACGGUGCACGUCGCCUGCACACCACAGGCGGCCAAGGCCAUAAGCAACAAGGACCAGCACAGCAUCUCCUUCACCUUGUCCCGCGCCCAGACCGUGGUGGUGGAGUACACGCAUGACAGCAGUGUGGACAUGUUCCAGGUGGGCCGUUCCACGGAGAGCCCCAUCGACUUUGUGGUGAUGGACACAGUGCCUGGAAGUCCGGCCGGCGGGGGCAGCUGUGAGGGAGGUGACCUACAGACCGUCCAGAGCACCAUCUCGCGCUUCGCCUGCCGCAUCAUGUGCCAGCGGAGCCCCCCCCACACCGCGCGCAUCUACGCCGCCGGCUUUGACUCGUCAAAGAACAUCUUCCUGGGGGAGAAGGCUGCAAAGUGGAAGACGUCGGACGGGCAGAUGGAUGGCUUGACCACCAACGGCGUGCUGGUGAUGCAUCCCCGUAACGGCUUCACCGAGGACUCCAAGCCGGGCGUGUGGCGCGAGAUCUCCGUCUGCGGCAACGUGUUCACGCUGCGCGAGACCCGCUCCGCCCAGCAGAGGGGUAAAAUGGUGGAGAACGAGACCCAGGAGCUGGUGGACGGCUCGCUGAUCGACCUGUGCGGCGCCACGCUGCUGUGGCGCACGGCGGAGGGGCUGUCGCGAACGCCCACGCUGAAGCACCUGGAGGCGCUGAGGCUGGAGAUCAACGCGGCGCGGCCGCAGUGCCCCGUGGGCCUCAACACGCUGGCGUUCCCCAGCAUGCGGCGCAAGGACGUGGUGGACGAGAAGCAGCCUUGGGUCUACCUCCGCUGUGGCCACGUGCACGGCUACCACGACUGGGGCAACCGUGCCGAGCAGGCCCCCAGCGGGCAGCGGGAGUGUCCCAUGUGCCGCACCCGCGGCCCCUACGUGCCGCUCUGGCUGGGCUGCGAGGCCGGGUUCUACUUGGACGCCGCCCCGCCUACUCAUGCCUUCAGCCCCUGCGGCCACGUGUGCUCAGAGAAGACGGCGACGUACUGGGGGCAGAUCCCGCUGCCGCACGGCACGCACACCUACCACGCAGCCUGCCCCUUCUGCGCCCAGCAGCUCAACGGCGAGCAGGCCUACAUCCGGCUCAUAUUCCAGGGCCCCCUCGACUAGGCCGCAGCCUCACUGCUAGGCCGCAGCCUGGUCGCCCUUAGCAACCGAUAUCCUUCGUUUUCCUUUUGACCUUUGCUGAGAAUUUUGGACCUUUAUCGUCCUUUUGUAAAGUGACAUUUAAGUGAUUCCAGUUCUGUACAUAUAAAGAAAACAGAUUCGCUAUAUUUUUGUGUGAAAGAGGGAAGAUGGCCAGUUUACCCUCGCACGGACUUUGUGUGAAAACUUUUUUUUAGGAGCUGAAGAUUUUUAUUUACUAAUGUACCUAGAUUUAAGGUUUAACACCCUUUCACUGAUGCAAUAUCGAUCAUUAUACAACUUUUCAAAGCUGUUCUACGUGUUUUUGUGUCUGUUUUUGUUCUUUUCCACUUUUUCAAAGAAAAAUAACCUCAGACUAUUUAUGUUAAUAAACAGUAAUACUACCAGUCAAACUCAAACUAUAUUAGUUUAUUGGAAAGCAUUUAUAUUUGUAAUUAAUGAGAUAUUCUUUGUUAAUGUUUUUAAAUACAGUAUGAAUGUCAGUGAGGGUUUCCUACAGUCUUUCAGUGACUACAGCUAAAAUGGAGUGUUGUUUUUUUGAACACUGGGGAUAUUAUUAAACGCAAAGACAGUG